UGCAGGGACCCUUGUGCCAUGCCAGGCACCCGGCAGCCUGCUCUGAGUGUCCCCAAACAGGCAAGUCCUACCUGUGCAUCCUUCGGCUCCUGUGAGUCCCAGAGGUGCUCAGUGCCUGCUUUGACACGAAGCCUUGAGUUGGCUCCUGCCUGCUUGGGACUAAUUAUGGGGGAGCUGCUGCUUGGGGCAGGGUGGGGUUUGCGGGAGGCCCCCGGGCUGAGACCACUGCAGUGAGGCCCUGGGGAAAGAGCCGUGAUGGGGAUGUAGCAGCAGCCUGGGGCUGCGGCUGUGCCCUGCGGGGGAUGGGACAAGCCUGGCGUAGUCUGCGGGUCCCCCAGCUCCUGCUGCAGUCGGGGGCACCCAUCCGGGUACCCCUAUGGGGUGCGGGGUGCUCUGACACCUCACCUGUGGCUUUGGGGAUCAGCGGCGCGGGUGUGGGGCAGGGGACGGUGCUGGCAGCCCCCCGGCAGCCCCCUGAGGCCGGGGGUGGCGGUGGCAUCCCUGCAAUGCGCUUGGCAUCGCCGGCCCGGGCUGGCGCUUGCAGAUGUCCAUGUGAUCAAGGGGCUGCUCGGUGCUGCGCCGGGUCCAGCCGCCGUGAGGGCGAGGCAGCCAGAAGGUCGAGCCGGCGUCCCCGGCACAGCGUCCCCAGCACCCGGGAGGGGUCCCCCGGCACCGGCCGGCGCCCCUCGGGGACACCCCUGCCAUGAUGCCCCGCGGGAAGAGGGACCCGGUGCUGCUGUCCCGCGCCGAGCUGCCCGGCACCGACGGCGAGGGCGGCCGCAGCAGCGGGGACGGCCGGCGCUCCGUGUCGGAGGAGGAGGAGGGCCACCUCGCCGGCCUCCCCCGCGACGACCUCGCCAAGAGCAUGUCGGGCUCCUCCGUGUCGUCCUACCACUCUGCCCUGUGCUCCGACGGGACGGAGACCUUCAAGGACUGCCUGGAGUUCCUGGACGAGGAGGGGGGGACCCCCCCCAGGGCUGCCCCCAGCGUCCCCCCGCCGCCCGGCCCCCUCGCACGCCCGCGGCAGGCUCAGCUGUCCAACGCGGCUAAGAAUAGCCCAGCGCCGGGGCAGGGCGGCAGGAUGGGUCCCCUCGGUGGGGACCGGCAGGCUGUCACCGCCGCCACCGCCACCAGCAGCGGGGAGCUGGCUCUGCCCAGGGGGAUGCUCGGCGAGGGGCCCAGCGAUUCGGAUGAGGUGGACGGCGAGGUGCGGGCGCUCACGGCCAGGGCUUUCCGGAGCAUCUCCGGUCCCCCCGGCGCCCGGCUCGACAUGUGCAGCUCCCACACCUCCUCCAGCCUCUCCAACUCACUGUCGGAGGACGGCGGGCGGCCGCGGAGGUGGCCGAUGGCUGGCGGCGAGCCCCGGGGCACCGCGGCACCUCUCCAUGGCAGGGUGUGCUGGCCCUUCCCCGCAGGCAUGGACGGGGAGCUGCUGGGCUUGCUGGGAAAGGAACAGUUCGAGUGCGUGGAUGUGGAGCUGGAGAGCGGUGAGGCCAGGAAGGGCCAUGGCAAGAAGAGGACUGUCCCGAAGCGGCAGAUCCUGCUGAAGAGGAAGGAAAGGAAGGAAACGGGUUUUGUCCCCCGGGGGGAUGCCCCGGCCCCGCAGCCCGUGCCCCCUGCCAGGAAGGAGCCCCCCAGCAAGGGCAGAGCCAUCGGUGAGGACUUUAGGCUCAACUACAAGCAGUUCAUGAAGACGGCUUCCCUGGAUGCCGACACCAGCAAGACCAGGGCGGCCUCUUGCCUGGUGAAGAACGUCCUCGCCAAGAAAAUGCAGUACGAGCAGAGGAUCAAGAUGGAGCAGAAGGGGCUGCGGGGCAGCUCGACCUCUUCGGGGCCAUCCUCCGCCGGCACCGACCUGCUGGGUGAUGGUCUGGAGGGCAAGUCCAGCUCCUUAUCCCGCUCCGACUGCAGCUUCUCAGCGGAGGACUUGCGGGGUGGCGGGAUGCCGGUGGCACCGGUGGCCGUGGGGAACGCCGCCACCACCCACCCCGCCAAGGGGGUGGUUCUGAGCAAGGCGACCAGGGAGAACGUCUGCAAGCUGAAGAAGACCUUCAACGAGCUCAACGAGAGGAUCAAGUACCAGGAGGUGAUGGAGGGCCACUGGCUGCCCGGCACCACCGAGCAGCCGCCGCCGGAGAGGAUCCGCUACCGGCAAGCCCGUGCCUUGUUCGAAGCGCAGCCUGGGGUGGGGAAGGUGCUGGAUGUCGCCCCGAGGUUUGGGAGAGCUCCGAAGCCGUGGCCCAGCUUGAGGCAGCGAGCCAUCUGCCCCGGCCACCCGCAGACCCUGCCCGCCGAGCCCGACCCCUUCCCUGCUGUGCCUCCGCGCCGCACCUUCACCUCGCGGGCGCAGGACGUGAGGCUGGUGCCGCAGAACCGACACGAGGAGAAGCCCCCGGCGGCGCCGCGCCAGCCCCCCAGCCCCCCGGCACGGCGGUCCCCGCCGCCCGUGCCCCCCAAGCCGGAGGAGAAGGGGAAGGGGCGCAUCCCGCAGCCCCGCGACGUGCGCAAGCUGGUGAAGAGCAGCUACAGCCUCUGCUUCGGGACCGCCGGUGCAUCCCGCGGCACCACGGCCCCGGCGAGCAGCGCGGAGCCGGCCGCGGCCGCCCCGCUGGUGAUCCACUGCAGCUCGGUGUGCCGCCGGGAGCCCGCGCCGCGGCCGGGACACGAGGAGGUGCCGGCAGAGCCAGCCCCGCUGUGUAACCGGGGCAGCCGCUCCCCCCCGCCGCGCCGCUCCCCCGUGCACAUCACCAGGGUCCAGGCCACACGGCGGGGCUCGGCUGCAGCGGAGGGGCCUCCGGCGUCCCCCCCGCGCCGGGAGCGCAGCGAGCUCCGGGUCCCGCCGCGGGCAGCGACGGCCGAGGGGGUGCCCCACAUGGAGACCCACCUCCACGUGCUGGUGGGGCCGCGCUCCGGGGCAGGGCUCCCGGCGCAGAGCAGCGCGGUGCUGCGCACGGAGAAGACCGUCCUGCUCCCGCCGCCGGCCCCGAGCCCCGCGGAAGGACACGGCCACGGCCACGGCGGUGACCCCCAUCCCGGAGCGGGGCCUGGCAGCACCGCGCACCCGCGGCCGGGGAAGGCGGCAGCGAGAACCGCGCCAGAGCCGCCUGCAAGAGAGCAGGGGCAGCACCGGGCCCAGGCCCCGCUGGUGUCGGGGGGCAGCGGCGGCUCCGCGGGUGGCUCCGGCCCCGUCGCCCCGUUCCGGGGUGGGGAGGGCGCUGAGGCUGCCUCUGCCCGGCUGCCGGAGCGGAGGGACCCCUGGGAGCGCCCGACGUGGCCGGCAGCCCCCGAGCCGGCCCCUGCCGCUGCCCCGGCCGAGAGCUCCAACUACUUGGCAAUUCCUGAGAAAGCCCCGAAACCGGCUCCGGGGCCAGCGCUGCCCCUGGUCCCCAGCGCGGCCAGCGGCUCCUUUGGGAGCCCUGCACUCCCCAGCGCCGCCACUGCACCCUUUGGGACCCCUGCAGCCUCCAACCCCAUCACUGCACCCUUUGGGACCCCUGCAGCCUCCAACCCAACCAGUGCACCCUUUGGGACCCCUGCAGCCUCCAACCCAACCAGUGCACCCUUUGGGACCCCUGCACUCCCCAACCCAACCAGUGCACCCUUUGGGACCCCUGCAGUCCCCAACCCAAUCACUGCACCCUUUGGGACCCCUGCACCUCCAACCACCACACCCAACCCCAUCACUGCACCCUUUGGGACCCCUGCAGCCUCCAACCCCAUCACUGCACCCUUUGGGACCCCUGCACUCCCCAACCCAACCAGUGCACCCUUUGGGACCCCUGCAGUCCCCAACCCAAUCACUGCACCCUUUGGGACCCCUGCAGCCUCCAACCCCAUCACUGCACCCUUUGGGAUCCCUGCAGCCUCCAACCCCAUCACUGCACCCUUUGGGACCCCUGCAGCCUCCAACCCAAUCACUGCACCCUUUGGGACCCCUGCAGUCCCCAACCCAACCAGUGCACCCUUUGGGACCCCUGCAGUCCCCAACCCAAUCACUGCACCCUUUGGGACCCCUGCAGUCCCCAACCCAAUCACUGCACCCUUUGGGACCCCUGCAGUCCCCAACCUUGCCAGUGCACCCUUUGGGUCCCCCUUUGUUCCCAAGCCAGCCAGCACAUCUUUUGGGACUGCCACAGUCCCCAGCAUGACCAACUCACCCUUUGGCUACCCAUCAGCCUCCAGCCUGGCCAGCGUAUCGUAUGGGACUCCCUUGGUCUCCAACCCUACCAACAAGUCUUUUGGGACCCCCGUGAUCCCCUACCCAGCCAGUGGCAGUGCAUCCUUUGGGAGCCCUUUGGUCCCCAGCCUGUGCAGUGCAUCAUUUGGGACCCCUUUGGUCCCUAAUCCAUCAAGUGUAUCCUUUGGGACCCCUUUGAUCCCCAAUCCAUCCAGCACAUCCUUUGGGCCCCCCUUGGUCCCUAACUCAGCCAACACAUUCUUUGGCACCCCAUUGGUCCCCAGUCGAUCCGGCACAUCCUCUGGGACCCCCCUGGUCCCUAACUCAGCCAGUGCUUCUUUUGAGAGCCCCUUGGUCUCCAGUCAAUCCAGCACAUCCUUUGGGUCCCCCUUGGGCACCAGCCCAGUCCCCACUUCCUUUGGGCACCCACCAGUCCCCAGCAUGGCCAGCUCAUUCUUUGGAUCCCCGCUGGGCCCCAACCCAGCCAGUGCCCCACUGGGGGCCGGUGUGUCUCCCCUGCCCGGUGGGGACGUGCCCUGGAGCAAACCCAGCACCGAGCCCCCCCUGCCCCGGCCCCCCCAAGGCCUGGUGGCUGCAGAGCACCCGGUGCCCUCAGCCCAGCCUCAGCCUCGCCUCGAGGAUGCUCCCCCCUUCCUAAGGAGCACUGAUGGUGCCUCUCCAAGCAGUAAGAACACACCAAGCUCCACCAAGCCCUUUGCUCCCCCCCUGCCCACACACCGGAGGAUGCUCGUGGAUCCCGACAGUGGGAAAUGCUACUACAUGGAGCCCCCGCGGCAGCCCCAGCUGAAAACCCUGUACGACCCCGAGACCGGGCAGUACCUGGAGGUGCUCGUCCCACCAGUGGCGUCACACGCCGGGCUCUACCAAGCUCCUUACAACCCCCUGGUCAUGCCCCCGGGGGUCUAUGGCCCACCCUAUGUGCCCUACAGUGGCUUCCAGGGGCUCCCGGUACCCCCGGCACCCUCUGCCCCAUCUCCAGUGCACCCUGACCCGCCGGCCGCUGACACCCCCAGCUUCUCUGGGACCUUCAGCUCUGCCCCCAAGGGCGAGGGGCCGCCCGCUGCCGGGGGUCCCGACUGCGGGUACCUGGAGAGCCUGUACUACAUCCCCACGGGGAUGCGGGCCAGCCCCGGGCCCAGCCAGCCCCCUGCCCGCAGCAGCCCUGCAAGGCCUGAGCAGGGACCACUGCUCCGGAUGUGAUGGUCCUCGAUGGAUGUGAAUGGCCGGGCUUUAACCCCAGCGUAAGCAUCAUCCCCAGCAUGGGAGAGAG